CUUCCUGUGGUUUUACUUGCAUAUUUUCGAACAUGGCGGAUUCACGUCGACGUGUCUUGAUCACAGGARCUUCAGGUCUCCUAGGAAGAGCUUUAAUGAAAGAAUUCUCACGCUCUCCUACAUUUGAAGUCCUUGGGCUUGCACAUAGUCGAAUAUCUGGAAAUUUAAAAAAGGUUGACUUGCUAGAUUUUGAGGAAACAGGACGAGUAGUGGCAGAUUUUAAACCCCACUUCCUCAUUCACUCGGCCGCUGAACGCAGACCAGAUGUAGUAGAAAAAGACGAACUAUSUACACAGAAGCUUAAUAUAGGAACGACAGAGUUCUUAGCAAAACUUGUGGAAGGUUUCAACAAGGGUCUUGAGAUACAAAAGCACUUUUUGUUGUACAUUAGCACAGACUAUGUGUUCGAUGGCUCAAACGCUCCUUAUAAACCAGGUGAUCAACCAAAUCCACUCAACAAGUAUGGAAAGAGUAAACUAGAAGGAGAAGAAGCUGUCAAACAGCAUCAUCCAAACGGGCUUAUUCUGAGAGUACCUGUUCUGUAUGGUGAAGUGGAAUACCUCGGAGAAAGUGCUGUUACAGUCCUUUUGAGUGCCAUUAAAGACCAAAAAAAUCCAACAGUUAUUGAUGACUAUCAGCUUCGUUACCCAACCCUUGUGGAUGACGUGGCCAAAGUUUGCCACUUUAUUGCUGAGAAGAAAUUAGAAGAACCGUCUUUAUGUGGAAUCUUUCAUUGGAGUGGGCAAGAACAAAUGACUAAAUAUGGUAUGGUUUGUACAAUGGCCCAACUGUUUGGUCUUCCUAUGGACCACAUUAAACCAAACAAAAACCCACCAACAGGCCCUACAAUACGGCCUUACAACACUGCUCUGGACAGUGGAAAGCUGGAGGGCAUGAUGGGUGACAGAAAGUCAAGCUGUAGGACGAGUUUCAAAGAAGGAAUAGAAAAAURUUUAAAGAAACAUCUAUGAAUCUCAUUGGAGAACAUGUGCUCUUGUGGCUUCAGAACUUAAUUUUAUAACUUAGUUUAAUAUGAGAAUGAUAUUCUUUUUCAAUUAUCAAAAGUGUGUUAGAUACUUAUGCAGACUCGUAGUUCACUUUUGCAAUGGCUCCCUCCAAUCUCAUUUCUUAGCAACAGCCAUGCUGAUAUACAGCUAUUUCGAUAAUAAUGAUGAUGAUAAUGAUGGUAAUAAUAAUAAAUUCUUAAAGGUUUUAACCAAAUAGUUAACAUAGUUUUAAUUAAAGUAAAUAAUAAAGGUUGCUGAAGCCAAAACUACAUUAUGGGUGAUGUAAGUUCAAUUAGCGAAAGGUCACAAUAAUUAUAAUAAUAUUAUGGAAUUCUACCAAACUUUGUCUGCACUUUUCUGUGCUGACAUUAUUCGCAAAUGAAUAUGAAACAUUGUAAGCUUAGUAAACAACAUGUAACAUGCAACUGCCAACAGAACCUUCACCAACCUUUUUUGAAAUAACUGUAUUUUUGUGAGGUGCUACAAAUUUCUUGUGUGAGUUUAGCUAUUACRAUUAUCUCAGUCACUAUGUUUUGCAAGUGAAAAAUGCAGGCUUCCUACAGUCUUCCAUUUUCCAUUCACCAUUAUUUCCUUCCUUCAUCAAAGCAUAGUCUGUGUCGUUUGUGUUAGACAAGUCGCUUUGGGUGCCUAGAAGGAAGGUCAGUGGUGAUCCAUCUGCCCACAGGAUGGUGCCUUCUUUCUUGUCUCUCAAUCCGAUCCAGGCCUCUUUGAUAGGCAAAUCUGUAAUAAAUGGAAUUUUAUACUACA